CUCAUGACGCCGAUAUUGUUGUCUUAACCCAGUUACUGUAGCUACAGCUUUGUCUCUGUCUGUGAGGACUUUCUUGUAACUGUCGCAGUUAUGUAGCACACAGAAGAAGGACUUUACUCUGCCGCAACCAGCUAACGUCAGCUAACUUUAGAUAAAGCUACAUUUUGUCUGUUAAACGGCUCCGUUUAUAACCAGCGAGCUAACGUUAGCUGCAGAGCCGCUAGCAAACAAGCGGCUGAGCGAUGUGUUUGUUUUUCUGAGGCCGGCUGUCUGACUCCGCUGCCAGGCGGCUAACAGCCAGCUAGCUGCGCGUCUGUGUGUCUGCGGUCCGAAAACACGCCGCAGCCUCCUCCUUAUGCUGGUGUCGCUGUCAGGUGUCCGGCUAAGAUGUGGCAGAGUGUCGGGCUCACGCUGCUGGUCAUUGUGGCCACACUGGUCUGUGCGCUGCUUUUCAUGCUGUUUGGUUGGUAUGUAGUGUGGCAGCUCUUCCUGUCCAAGUUCAAGUUCCUGCGUGAACUUGUCGGGGACGCCAGCACCCCGCAGGCCGAAACGCAGCCGUCCGAAACCAAGAGCGAACGUACAGCGAACGCCGCGACAAGAAGUCGGCCCAGGACCGCACGCCAAAGAGUUGCUGCUCCAGAAAGCACGUCGUAGAUCACCCACACGCCACAGUGCGCCCUCCAUGACCCCUCUCGACCCCGCGCUCUACACUACACAAGGACCGUGUGGACACUCAGCUGUCCUCCUCACCAAGACACUUUACACUGACCAGGCAGACCUCCUGGUUUCAAAGGGAAAAGCCAUUACUGUCCAUUUCUGUGUGUCUUUAUGUUUAAUUACGAGCUGUGAGUCUGGGGCUCCACUGUCAUCCUGCUAAAGUGACGGCCGGCUUUCACGAGCGCCACGCUGCUUCCUGCCACCACGAGGAGUCUGAAGAUACACACACACACACACACACACACACACACACACACACACAGAUGUUCUAAUGUUUUAAUCUUGUGUAGGUCGAUAAAAGUGAGCUCGUCUGCGUCAUUUCAACAAGAACAACUGAAGAUAAACUGAAACAGUGGUUCGUGCAACUGACACGUUUGUUUUCUUUGACAAAGUGCAAUGGAAGGAAUGUUUGUGCUGUCAUUUUGUUGUUCCUCUGCAUAUUGUGGACUUUUCGAGGUGGAAACACGGUAGAUAACGCUUAAAGAUGACAAAUAACUUCAUUCCAGUUUUAAAAAUGUGACCUUUUUCUUGCAACUUCUCCUUCCUUUUUUUUUUAAAAAUAGAUUUAUACUUGAAGAGUCAGGAGAACGUUUCAAGGAACUGUCAGUGUUCAGUUUAACACAUUAUCAGCUUAGGAGCGAUGAAACAAGGCUUCCUGCUGCCCGAGCGAGCGGUGUCCGAACCCUCCCGUUCCCCGUGCCUCCGUCUGCACCAGUGCCUGUCUAGAUGGCAUCCACUUUGUCACAUGGCCUCCUUUUUGUACAGCCGACAGCAGCUUGGUUUGCAUCGCAGGGCGAAACAAAGCUGAACUAAUCAAUAUUUAUGUAUUAUUCUCCCUCCAAGUACAACUCAUGUAACUCUUGCACCUUUUUAUCAGCAGUGAUUUAUUUUCUUCUUCAGUGGAGCGCAAGCUUCAAAUAAAUAAUGCCAUAAAUGUAA